AAAGUAAAAUCCUUUAUACAGUGCAGGCACAUUUUACAUUUAAUUAUUUAAAAAAAAUCAAUUUAAUUUGUGCUGGACGUACUAAAGAGGUAAAAAUGGACGACGAUUUACCGACCGACUUCCAGGUCAUCGUUGUAGGGACAGGCAUGGUAGAGUCUAUUGUGGCUGCUGCUUGCAGUCGAAUAGGCAAAGAUGUCCUCCACAUGGACUCCAGUGACCAUUAUGGGGGUUUGUGGGCCUCUUAUAAUUUUGACGGGCUGCAGAAAUUCAUCAAAGAGGUUAAAACUGACCCAAAUAGGCAUUUGCAAGUGUACAACUUGGAAGAAAAGUGGUACAUAAAUAAGGAUUCUCCUCAAGAAGAAUCUAAGGAAGAAAGUGAAGAUGGCAAAGCUGAUCCUGCUAAGAAAGUGUGGAGUCAAGCCGAUUUCGCUACAGAAUACAGGAAAUUCAACAUUGACAUGACCCCAAAGUUGCUGUUCUCGCGAGGUCCACUAGUUGAACUUCUGAUAUCCUCAAACAUCGCCCGUUACGCGGAGUUCCGUUGUGUAACGCGCGUUCUCACCUGGCUCAAUGACAAGUUGAUGCCAGUGCCGUGCUCCCGGGCUGACGUGUUCGCCACUGAGGCGGUCAGCAUCGUCGAGAAACGUAUGCUCAUGAAAAUGCUCACUUCCAUCGUUGGUUACAACGACGAGGAAAUGAAUAACGAGUUUAAAGACUGGAAUGACAAAACUUUCAAAGAGUACUUAACCCAUAAGGGUCUUACUCCAAACUUGAUCCACUACGUUCUGUUCGCGAUCGCGGGAGGCACCGACAGCAUGCCGUGCUUGGAGGGUGUGAGGGAAUGUAAGAAGUUUCUCAUGAGCCUCGGUCGUUAUGGUAAUACACCGUUUUUGUGGCCGAUGUAUGGCAGUGGAGAACUACCACAAUGCUUCUGCCGAUUGUGCGCAGUCUACGGCGGAGUGUAUUACUUGAAUCGACCGAUCGACUCCGUUAAAACAAAGACCGUGGAUGACGGCAAGACCGUCGUGGUUAUCGACAGUAAGUCGAAAACUCUGAACUGCGACCACUUGGUUAUCGGCAUCGAUGAGUGCCCCAAGGAUUUCAUUUCGUCGGAGCCGGCGGAAAGUUCUGACAUAUCAAAAGCUGUUUUCAUAACUAAUGGAACCAUUAUGGCUAGCGAGAAGGAACCGCUGACACUGUUCAGGUUCCCACCGCUGAAUGAUGAGAAAAACUCUGUGACUGUCAUGGAGGUGGGCCCCGCAACUGGGUCCUGCCCUAAGGGACUUUUCGUGGUUUACUUCGUAACGAACAAGGUGAAAGAUGCAGAGAGUGACUUGAAGCCAUAUGCGGAGAAAAUCUUCGACAUGUCCGGCGAGGACCAGACUGCGACCUCCGAUAAACCCAAGUGCCUGUGGUCGCUGUUCUACAACGUGAAGGACACGAGCGCGGCCGUGCAUAGCGGCACGGACUGCGUGCACGUGUGCGCCGGGCCCGACGCCGGACUCGACUUCGACCGCGCCGUGCACCAGGCGGAGGAAAUCUUUAAAAAGAUCUGCCCUGGUCAAGAAUUCCUGCCCCGUGCCCACGAUCCAGAGGAAAUUGUCUUCGAAGAUGACGCAACUCCCGGCCCUGAGUUCCAAAGGGAGGACGAAGACGCAGAGGGCGACAAGGAGUAAUCGUUGUAGUAUUAGUGUUUUUAAUAAUUGCAGCACUUUCUGGUAUGUUACAGUACCAACUGUGAACAUUACGUUGUACUUACAACUCCAGAUAUAAACUUACCAUGGAUUCUUUGGUCUACCAAAAAGGUCCCUUAUUAAGGACGUUGUUUUUAUACUCUAACGACUUUGUUGAUUUCAUUUUUAUAGGAAUAAAUUCUUUAGUGACUAAAAACAAUUUUUAGAUUUCAAAUUCAUGAAUAUUCGUAUCGCUUUAGAGUUGCAUAAUAAUAUAGGAAAAUAAAAAAAAAAUCUCAAGUAGUAAUAAUAGGCUAAGGCGUCAUAGUUAAAGCCAACAAAGUUUGUAUGUUCCACAAAUCUCAUUAAUGAUCUCCUGUUAACAGACGAGAAUGUGCUGAUUAAGUUAAGGUAUAAUCCCAGUAAGAUUUAUACGCUUCUUGCUUGACUUAAUGCAUUCCGACUGGUGCGUGGUAGAUAAGGAGUAUUGAUGGUAUGGUUAGUUUGGUUUUGCACUUUGGUGAGAUGGUUCAUGUAACAUCUGAUUUGUAAGGGUAAUAUCAUGACAACGACAUAUUUUUUUUUUAAAUAACUAUAUUGUCUUGAAAAUUAAGCAAGAACAAUUUUUAGUUUGAACGGAGAGUUUAUGAUUCAUACAAAAUCUAUCAAGAAAUUUACAGUGUAAAAUGAACGGACAAUUUUAAUGAGCUUAUAUUGCUCUCUAGUUUUUUAUAAAACAGUAUUAUUUAUGAAAAUUUCAAACUCUAUAGGAUGGAAAGGUGAAACAAUGUGAAAUUGUCUAGAGCUAAGAUUGUAUAGGUUAAUGAAAUUGGAUGCACCAGUCCAAAGCAUAUAUGUAGCACAUAUUAAUUUUUUAUAUUAAGUUAUGUAGCACUUUCAAUCAUAUUUAUUGUCAAAACGAUUAUGCAAAUUUAUGCAUAUGCAGCUUGUGCAUAUUAUAAUUCCAUUAAAAUGUGAUUAUUAGAAAUUA